AUGAGGCUAUUAGUAGAGGAUGUGGCUUAUACCUCACAAGAUACUCUCCCCGUCAUAUUCAAGCAACUGGCCAACACCUCCUAUCCAGCUUUUGAACGAGCCAUGAGACAUCUAAAUGUGAAGUUUCUGUCGACGCGCCACAAAAAGACAUAUAUGCCAUCUGAAACAAUAGGCAACAAUGAGAACCGAUCUGCGAAACUGUUUGGACUUGGAAGAGAAGCGAAGUGGUCAGGAGCUCCAUUCGUUGUGACGGACAAGACGACAGCAUGGGAGUUUUAUAAUCAUGAAGCAUUUGAUAUCGAUAGAGAAAUGAUUAGAGACUGGAACAAUAGCUUGAAUACACUCCUUAUCUUUGUAAGUGCAUCACUGGAGUUUUGUGAACACGGCACUUCAAUGAUUAACUCAAUUCCUCGUCGACAGACCGCGUUGUAUUCAGCGGUGUUGACAGCAUUCAUUGUCGAGAGCAUGAAAUUGCUCGAAGAAGACCCUGCCGACGCAACACGCGAUAUACUCUUCACCAUCUCCAAACAGUUGGCGAACACGUCAUUCCCGGCUUUUGAGCAAGUCGCGUAUCAGGUUCCUCGAUAUGCAGUCGUAGUCAAUGGCCUGUUCUUUAUCAGUCUAUCUUGUGCAAUCAUUGCGUCACUGCUGGCUGUACUAGCCUUACAAUGGGUCGCUAAUUAUGAUAUGGGGCUCAACACAUCAUCAUCUCGUAAACGGGCACUCCAGAGACAUGCUCGACUACGAGGAAUCCAGAAAUGGAAGAUGUCUGAGCUCAUUGCCUCUCUUCCGCUCCUCAUCUUUGUCGCGCUAUUUUUAUUCUUUGUCGGAAUCGCAAACUGGCUUUGGCAUACGAACCUGGAAAUUUCAAGGAUCGUCAUUGGGGGCAUCGGGAUAGGAUCACUCUUAUACAUGGUCACGAAUGUGAUUAGUAUCAUAAACGUGGAUGCGCCAUUUAGGACGCCAGUAUCCAAAGAGUUGUUCAGGAUAUUGAGAUGGUACAUUGUAAUAAUCAAGAAUAUUGCUACCGAACUCAUUCCCAAACUCGUUUCUGAACGAGUUUCCAUCCUCAGAGGCGAGAGAAGACGGCGACCUCCUGUGAACAUAGCCGGACAGUCAUUCACCUUCACUAAGCACGAAGAAAUUGCACUUGACGGGCGGGAUGCCGUCACAUUAGAUGGACUUGGAUGGCUCGCCAACAACACUGAGAUAUCGCCAACUGCGACCAAUAUCUUUAUUGCCCUCCUCAAAGAAUUAGCCGAAGUACCAGCAAAAUCGUUGAUGAAACCAGAGUGGAUUGACGAUGGUCCCUGGGAAGCUGUCUUUGAAAUGUUAUGUGCUCCUUACAUUGGAAAGAAGGAGUACAGUACCGAUGAGGUAGAGAGGGCGAAAUGGAUUUGCAAAGGACUCGGAAUAAUCCCACAAGCAUUGCAGCAACGUACAUUUCAAAGAUUCCUUAAGGACUGGCGCGAAUCGGAUGAUCAUUCGAUAUCUAGCUUGGCUUAUUUUGCAUCCUAUCGGCAAUACCCAGAUAGGAGUUCAUACCGGCAGGAUCGUUCAACAAUGAUGGGCACGGCGCUCGGAUACACAAAAGAAGUAAUUCAUCAAAUAGGGGAUAACUACUUCCAUUUCAUGCUGCUGAACGCUGAAAAACAAUGGCCGUACCUGAAUAUAUAUCAACGCACUUCUCUCGUUCAUCAAAUAGCACACGCAUGGGAGAUUUCCUCUGUAAUGAUCCGGGAUGGGUCCUCUUCAGUAUCCAUUCCAGUGUAUUUGAUGGAAAUCGUUCAUGAUCUAUUAGGCGUCGGCGUGUCGGUCGAUGACGACGCAUCGAGGACUCACUAUCCUCCAGAAAACCCCCAUAUGCAAGUUAAGCAAUGGAAUGGCGCUCAUAAUCGACUCUUACGGGCAAUGCAACAGCAGCUAAUCUCUCAGAUCUCUCGUAGAUUCAAGUCCCUAUCGGAUAUCACGAAAGAACUUGAAAUAUUGUCAACAAUCGGGAGAUUAAAGCCACUAGGGGAUCGGGAGAAGGAUGACCUUAUCUGGAGCAUGAUUACAAAACAUACAGAAGACGAUGAAUUUCAUGAAUUCCAGAGGAUAUGUGAUAUACUCUGCAAGGGGUUGCGCUGUAGACACACUGUACCAGCUUGGGUUGGUCUAGUCCCAGCAUUGGAUGAUUUCCUGGAUCGGCUACACCCACACUCCUUCUAUUUCUAUUCGAAAGUUAUCCGAUUUAUUCACCAUUUUGUUGGGGUAUAUGUUGGUGUCUAUGACAGCUCCAAAUUUAAUGUCUUGAUGCAGGUUCGGGAUCCAUGCCUCGCGUGGAUUGUCUCAUGGCAGUGUCCAUCGGAUUUCCAGUUUCAAGCACUCAUUAACCCCAAUGUCAGAAGCUGGAAUGACACUAUUGUGCAUGAGAUCGUCGAUUUAUUGUACGCCCAUUCUGGAAGGCGGCACACUAUUGUUGAAUCGGAUUCCCGGGUCGCAUUUUGUCGCGCCAUUAUACUUGAGAGUUCAUCAAGUGCUCGUACCAAGGUUUUAGAAGGGUUGGCAAGAUAUGAAUGGAGGUCUAAUGAUACCAACGGUGCUAAGAAGGAAUCCUCAAAUUCGGAUGUCUUUUCCAUUCGUUCACUACUUAUACAAAUAGUCGGAUUCCAAUGGUUCUACGAAGAAUUCCACAGAGCUGAUGGAUUUAAUUGGCUAUUGUGUAUAGCGAAUGGUGGCAUGCGUCCAGAUAAUCGCCUCCUGAAGAACGAUAUAUUGACAGAAAUCCUAUCUGUUGGUGAAAGUUCUACACAGAUUCAGUACCAAUCAAAUCGCCAGGCAUUGGCCAGCCUAAAAAUCGCUCUUCUUUGGAUUUGGAAAGAUGCGGUCGUUCAGAUUUGUGGUGGACAUGUCGAAUGGAGAGUGGCACAGAUGGACGACAAGGCUGAAGAUAAUGAUCAUGGGAACGUCUUUGGGUGGUUUGAAACCAGGCCCUCUUCGGAACAAGAGUAG